CCCGGCCGCAGUUUCAAACUCCGCCCUGGGGUAAAAUUUGGCUGACCCUGCUUUACCUGCACCACAGAGCGCAUACGAGUUAUAGGCGUACGCCCACCGCCAAAACCUCGAUAAUCACCAGCUCUCGUUCCACCCGACUUUUCCUAUAAGGUACGCUCCUUGCUCCAUGCUAUGUCUUUUGGGCUCGAAAACUCUCGAUAUAUGCUAUCUCGUCGUCGUAGACAACGACGUUGAGCGUGAAGGGCGCGUUAUUUGUUUGGCCCCAGACGCGUCCUACCCAUCAUCACCAUUAUUCUCCCCACAUAUUCCCCACAGUCUUUCCACUUUCUUCGACUCUGUCAUUCCUAUGGAUCGUCCUUACCGGUGCUGAUCGUCGCGUUUCGUCUCUAGAUAUGCCGAAGGAAGCAAAACCGAAGCGCAAGGCUGCCGAGAAGGCUGAGAAGCCGGCAAGAGGAAAAGGCGGCAAGAAGGACCCAAAUGCGCCCAAGCGCGCGAUGUCUGCGUACAUGUUCUUCAGCCAAGACUGGCGUGACCGCGUGAAGACUGAGAACCCAGACGCGAGUUUCGGCGAACUGGGAAAACUGCUUGGUGCCAAGUGGAAAGAACUCGAUGAGAAAGAGAAGAAACCCUACGUGGACCAAGCUGCGAAGGACAAGAUUCGUGCAGAGGAUGAAAAGAUCGCCUAUGAGGGCGGAGGUAAGAAGAGCGCCCAGGCGAGCGGCGAAGAAGACGAGGAGGAUGACGAUUAGGCGAGCUGUCUUGCAGAUGGACCUGACUGUACUACUGAUUGAGCUUGUCAUUGACGAACGACGUUGCGCGAUGAUAAAUGCAUCGUUGUACCAUAGAUAUCUGUCUCCCGCUCUGCGUCGUGCCGACAUAUACCUCCCUACAUUACUGUUGCUGUGUUACAAAUAAAAUUAGUUUCUGCUUUUGGCAAUUCUGGCAUCGAAUGCGAGGUAUGUUGUCGUACUAGGUCUCGUACGCACAAUUAAGUGGGCGCGGCCACCGAAGUUGGUAGUUGAAAAAGUGACUGAAAGUGUAAUUCAGUUGAUGUUGGAGGCACAUCAG